GAUUGAGAGAACUUGGAAGCAUCGAUCAACAUGGUGAAGGUUGUUUUAAAUGAGUUUGGGUAAGUUUCUAAGUUAUUUAUUUGUUAGUUUGAUAUUGAGAUUGUUAAUGGAUCUAAACAUCUAAGGUAUGGAUAUUGAAUAUAAGAGUGAGGAGUUAAAAGACGACUUAAGUUUGGAUCCUUGUGGCGUUAAGAGUUUAAAUUGAAGUCUAAGGGUCCAAAAGUGAAAUUUUAACCUAAAUUAACGCACUUGGGGAAUAGUUCAAUCUAAAUCUUAGGAAGUGCUCAAGGUUGUUGGUCUUGUGUGAUAUAAUAGAUAUAAAAUCCCAAAACAUCUUUAAUAAUGGAGAUAAAAGUGUACCCACAUAAAAGACCUGUUAAGCUUUAACUAAGUUGAGGCUCAUUGUGUUAAGUAAUUAGACUUCAAGUCUAAGGAUUCGUAGGUGAAAAGUCUAGUCUAAUCUAAGGCAAAUUGAGAAUUUAGGGACCUUAGAAACAUAAAAUAGUUGAGUUGGUCUUAUGAAGUGACUUGAAGAUUAUUGCGUCGUCUUGCUUUGUGAAGCAUUUGCUUCAUGCCAAAUUGAGGUGGAAAAAGCGUAUAAUCUCGGGGGAUCGAGUCAUUGAUAGUGAGUGGCUAUUUUCAAAUAUUUUCGUUAUAAAUUUAUAUAUGUUAUUAUAGUACGCUAUAAUUGUGACGAUUACUUGUAUGAUUGUUUUAUGAUCUAUAUGUCAAAAGUGUUUUCAAAUAUGAAUUUCGGUACUAUCUUGUAUUUCGGAAUUGUGGUUGAAACCAACUUUACUAAGCAAGUUCUAGAUGACAACUAAUUUCUAAAAUCUUCAUUGAUUUAUAACUAGAUUUGAAUAAGUUCUAAAAGGAUGUAUCAAUUGCUAAGGAUAAAAAAUGAUUUGAAAUGUGUUUCUAACCAUGUUUGGUUUUAAACUUUAAACAUGUGAUGUUUAUGAAAUAAUGUUGGUGAUUUCCCUAAAGGCUACGUGAAUGUGUUUCCGUAGCGUUACCUAUGGUUAUUAGGGGGUUCCAGUGCUGAAAGAGGUCGUGACCGGAGAUCCGGGAACCUGAACCUAAGUGAGGAUGUGGAUGGAGGAUUGUGAUAUGGCUUCAAGCCUAGCAUAACCUGUGGUGGGUGGCUCUAUAUGCACAUAGGAGCGAAUAUGGACGUUGUUACUGUGGUAGGUGUCCACCGGCGUAGUUUUCCCCCCUCCGCCAUAGCUUCAACUUCAGCAAAGCAAUGUUGAAGGCAAAGGGUCUGAGGAAGGCGGUCGUGCCGUCCAUUCUCAUCGAUCAUCCUUCCCCCGGGAAUAUCCAGCCCACUCGUCUCGCCCUCCAUGUUAGUCCGGACGGAUCUUCCUGCUGGGUCUUCAUUGCUUCCGGUUCUCGCGUGUUUAAACUCCAGAUUUCCAUGGAUGAAUCAUCAGUCCUUGAGGGAAAAGAUAGCUUACUGAUCCCCGAACAGACAAAGGUUCUAGACUCUUUAUUACUGGAUCGCUGUCCUCAUCGCUCAGAAAUACAGAGCUUGGUCCUGGCUGAAGUUGAUAGUUCCAGCAACCAAUUACUGGGGACAGUAGAUUCCUAUGGCCACCUCAUCGUUUCUAAACUAGAUGCCGCUGGCAAAGAUGCAGACAGGUUUACGUAUUCUGUAUUGCCUCGAGAUUCAGGUCUUGGUGAGGGCAGCUGGGCAGGAUUAUGCUUCAGUCCAAGUGAAUUGUUCACGGCAGCUGUUGCUCGUAGCUUUGGCAAAACUGUUGAUAUUUAUGACCAGGAUGUCCAUGUUCGGACAUUACGCACACUGUUGUAUCCAACUGCAUUGACCUUCAUUCAGAAUCAUUGUUUUGGGAAUGGAAGCUCUGUGUUAGCUGUCACCGAAGGUUGUCAGUUGACGAUCUGGGAUUUGAGAAUGAAAGAAAACGGUGGUUGUCUGCAAAGAAUCUGUGGCUCUGUUGGUGAUAAUUUCUAUGCUGUCUGCACUUCCUCAAAUGGUAAUAUUGCGGUGGGUGGUGCUGAUCGAACUAUAACGAUAUAUGAUCCUCGAAGGUGGUCAGCAUUAUCAAGAUGGGUUCACUGCUCAAAGUACGAGAUUACGGGAUUGGCUUUCUCGUCAAUUGACUCUGAUUGCAUUUAUGUCCAGGGAGUUGACUAUGAGGUUAACAACGUUCCAUUUUGCAAAUCUCAUUUGGGGGAUAGCUUUCUUCGGCUACUUUCGGUCUUUUGUGGACAGUGGAAAGAACGCAACAAAUUAUUUUCAUUAAGAGGAGACUCAAAUUGGCUUGGAUUUAGUAAGAGCAGCAGGAGGGAUGUCUUAGGCGGAUGGUGUGAUUCAGGUAGCAUCUUUUUGACAGAUGUUACUCGCAACAGCGAAGAAGACACGUCAAAUGGCUUCGUCAGUGGCCUUUCCUGAGCACACCUUGUGCUGUUUUCUCUUAACGGUACUCUUCCACCUGAUAUCAAUAAUGUUAAGUUAGUUCUGAAGCAGCUAGUUAGGUUUUAGUCAAACAAAACCUUUGGCUUAUCAUUAACUCAUCUGUUGUGCUUAUUCAAUGCGAUGUCUACUAGUACAGUUCGCUUUAUACACUGUUAGGUGAUUCUAGUACCCUUGCACAUGAGAUAACUCCUUAUUCUACGUAGUAUUUAAGCAACUUCAUUCUGUGAUGGCGGUUACACUGA